AUGGCCGCCCGCUGGUGGGCGUUGCUGCUGGCGACGGGGCUGCUGGGGAGCGGGGCCCGGGGGGCACUGGAGGAGGCGCCGGCCGGCUGCCGGAGGGGCACCAACCCCCUCUACUACGCCCUCUGCGGGCUGAAGGAGGCGUGGGGCAUCGUGCUGGAGGCACUGGCCGCCCUGGGCCUGGGCGCCGGCGGCCUCUUGCUGCUGGGCCUGCUGGUGGCUGGGUGCCGCCGGCGGGUGCCGCGGGCCCGCCUGGCGCUGCGGGCGGCCCUGGGGGCCGGCGCCCUGGGCCUGUUCGCCCUGCUGUUUGCCUUCGCCGUGCGCCCCCACCCGGCCAACUGCGGGGCCCGGCGCUUCCUCUUCGGCGCCCUCUUCGGCCUGUGCUUCGCCAGCCUGGCCGCGCAGGCCGGGGGCCUGGCCUACCAGGCGCGGAGCGGGCGCCCGUACUCGGGCAAGGCCGCCCUCCUGGCCGCCGGCCUGCUGCUCCUGGCCGAGUGCCUCUUCAAGACGGAGUGGCUGUUGGCAACCACAGUGCGGGGGCGCCCCCUGGAAAAGGAGGGCCCCGGGCAGAACCCCUGCCACGUGGCCAAGAAAGACUUUGUGGCCUCCCUGGUCUACGUCAUGGCGCUGCUCGCCUCCGCCCUGCUGCUCUCGGCGGUGGGCCUCUGUUGCCGCCGGCGACGGGCCAAGCGGCAGGCGGCCUACAUUCUGGUCAGCUCAGCCCUCUCCGUCGCCGUCUGGGCGGCCUGGAUUGCGGCCUACCUGGCGGGCGACCGCCGGGGGCGCCGCUGGAGGCCCAGGGCCCCCUGGUACCUGAGGCGCGACGCCUGGGACGACCCGCCCCUGGGCCUGGCCCUGGUGGUCAACGCCUGGGUGCUGGUGCUGGGCGCCCUGGUGCCCUGGCUGGUGGAGGCCCGGAGGCACGGUGAGGGCGAGGAGGAUGAGGAGGACGAGGAGGAUGGGGAGGAGAGAAGCGACGAGGGAUUCCGGCUGAGGGAGAGCAGCGCGGCACCUCGGGCCUACGCGGACAACAAAGCCUUCGACUCCGGCGACG